AUGGUUACCGGUCGACCACAACCGGUUUUCAUGUCACAUCUAUCUCAACAACAUAUUCCCUCAACCGCUUCCUUACAACAUCAUCAUCAACAACAACAGCAGCAGCAACAACAACAACAACAGCAGCAGCAACAACAACAACAACAACAGCAGCAACAACAACAACAACAACAACAACAACAACAACGACAACAACAACAGCAACGACAACAGCAACAACAACAACAUCAUAACAUUGUUGCAGAUACUGGAUGUGUUGAUACAGAAAUGAGUACAUCAUCAUCAUCAUCAACAACAUCAGCUAAUAUAACUGAACAACGUGGAGUUAUUCGUAAAGCAGCAUGUUCAAGACCUAAGCCAAUGAUAACAACAUGUUCACUGAAUGGACAAUUGAUGCAUAACAGUAAUCAAACAUCUCAUACUGUUGAUUAUCUUGAUGUCUUCUGUUCUGUACCAGCAAAAUAA